AUGGCGGCGGCGCUGGAGCAACUGAGCAGCAGCAAGAUGUUCGACGGCUUCAACCUCCGCUUCCGCCACCAGAGCGCCACCCUCGGCUGCUCCAUGACCUUCUCCAUCUACAUGCCCCCGUCCCCGGCGUCCAACAUACCCGCGCUGUACUGGCUCUCGGGCCUCACCUGCAACGACGAGAAUUUCAUCAUGAAGUCCGGCGCCCAGCGCGCCGCCGCCGCCCACGGCAUCGCCCUUGUCGUGCCUGACACCUCCCCACGGGGGUUAAAUAUUGAAGGAGAGUCAGACAGCUAUGAUUUUGGUGUUGGUGCUGGGUUUUAUUUGAACGCCACAAAUGAAAAGUGGAAAAAUUGGCGCAUGUAUGACUAUGUUGUGAAGGAACUUCCAAAAGCUGUAAGUGGCAACUUCGAACAGCUUAACACUUCACAGGCAUCAAUUUUUGGGCACUCAAUGGGAGGGCAUGGUGCUCUGACAAUUUACUUAAAAAAUACUGAUAAAUACAAGGAAUAUGACGCAACCUGCCUGAUUAAAAAGAACAACAAUGUUUCCACUCCUAUCCUAAUUGACCAGGGGGAUGCUGACAAGUUCCUAGCUGAGCAGCAGUUACUACCUCGCAACUUCGAGGAGGCGUGCAAGGCUGUCGGGGCUCCUCUGACCUUGCGCAUGCAGCCUGGAUAUGACCAUUCCUACUAUUUCAUUGCUACGUUCGUGGAUGAUCACAUUGCGCACCAUGCUCAGUUUCUCAAGAGUGCCUGA